CCCCAAAAUGCUAUUGUUUACUCUCUCUCCACUUUCUUAUCUAUGACUAUGAUCUAUCCUAUUUUUAUCUUUCAUUCUUUCCCAUUCCCAUUUUCUUUGAAUUGCUUUCGAAUUCUCACAAAUUUUUGAUGUUUGGGUUUUAACCCAAAAAAGAAAAAAAAAGAAGUUAGUGUCUGAUUUUGAAGAAAGUUUGGGACUUUGUGAGUUGUGUGUAGUCUGGGAAAGCUUGUUCUUUGAGGUAAGAAUCAUGGGUUUUAAUUAAAUCUUCUUAAGGAAGCUUGCUUUGGGCUUAAAAAUUAGGCCUUUUUAUUGUUUAUUUAUCUUUUGAGAUAAAUUUAUCAUGGAUUGUCAUUUUCAGUUGUUGAAAUUUGAAUGUAUGGAACAGGUUGAGUUGGUAGUUGGAACUGGAAAAAGAUUGGAUUUUUAUUGCGAUUGAUUUUUUUAUUUUUGAGUUUUGAUGUUCUAAAAUGUAACAUGGGUUUUUGCUUCUUCUAGAAGUUGAUUCAAAGACUGAGGUUCAGUUUCUAUUUUUGUGUUGUAGACAGUCAAAGAUACUGGGGUUUUGUCUAUUUGGGAAUCUAACUCUAGGAAAGGCAAAUUAGUGACUGGAAUUAGAAAAUAGGGUGUUAGUGGGAACAACAAAAUUAUGGGAAUUUUUUUGUUUUUUGGUGUUUGAUCAUGUAAAUAAGUAAGACCCAGGAAAAAAAAAAAAAAAGGAGGAAUCAGUGGAUUGGAGCUAGAAACUGAGAUUUGUUAGUGUUGUUUUUCUGGGUAUUGUUUGUGGUUGAUCUAUAAUUGUUGCUAAAAUGGAUGACACUGAGGAUGAUGCAAGGUAUCCUCCAAACCCCUAUGCUGUGAAUUACCAGCAGGGUUAUGGUUCCUCGAGUCGACAGAAACUUUCUGUUCGGAAUGCUCCAUAUUCUCGGCCAGUUGGUAGUCAAUAUGUUGAUGAGGAGGAUGAUAUGGAUGAAGAUGACGAAGAAGAAUUGGGAGAGGAGGAAGAGACUGAUGAUCUGAAUAAUGGUUUUCGAAAUGUGCACAAAGAUUUGAUGGAUGAUGAUGAGGACGAAGAGGAGGAGGAGGAGGAGGAGGACGACGACGAAGAUGAUGAUAAGCAGAAAAGUUUUAGUCAAAGGAUUGAAGAUGUUGAUUUGGAAAGGCACCCAAAAAAGCGGAAGUUGAAGAGUUUGGUUUCUAGUUACGAAUUUGCUCCUCGUGUACCCCCACCAUCAGCUGCAGCCCCACCUCCCGCAGCUCCAAAACCAUCAUUUGGUGGCCGUAAUUCACUAACUGAUUGGACUGAGCGUGAGACGUUUGUUUUACUAGAUGCUUGGGGUGACCGGUUUCUUCAUCGUGGGAGGAAGAGUCUUCGGUCUGAGGAGUGGCAAGAAGUUGCAGAGAAGGUAUCAGAAAUUUCAAAAAUUGAGAGGACAGAUACUCAGUGUAGGAAUCGGUUGGAUACAUUGAAGAAGAAGUACAAAAAAGAGAAGAUGAGGAUGGCUGAGACGGGUGAUGCCAUGAGCAAAUGGGUUUAUUUUAAGAAGAUGGAUGUGUUGCUGUCAUCACCCCCACAGCAAGCAGGCCUCUCCUGUGGUAUGGAUUCGGGGGAGUAUGUAUUUAUGAAUCCUAAAGUUUAUUUGAAUCGUGCAAAUGGGUUGGAUGAGAUGAGAGAUAGUCCUGGGAAUUCAGAACCUACUGAUCGUGAGGAGGAUGAUUCAGAUGGACUUCCACCCAAGAAAAGGAAGUUUGGAAGGGUCAAUGAUGAGGGGUCUUCCUUUAGAUUGCUUGCUGAUUCUAUUCACAAGUUCAGUGAGAUAUAUGAGAAGAUUGAGACUAACAAAAGGCAGCAGAUGGUGGAGCUAGAGAAGAUGCGAAUGGAUUUCCAUAGGGAAUUGGAGAUGCAGAAGAGGCAGAUCCUGGAGAGAGCACAGACUGAAAUAGCGAAAAUUAGGCAAGUCGAUGAUGAGGAGAAUGAUAUCUCUGCUGAAAAUGCCAGUGGUUGAUGUUUUGAGACCUAAUUAGCAUUCUGUGAUGUUAAUUAGCAUGUCAACCACUACUUGUUGUAUAGUCAUUGAGGGCCUUUUUGCCCCUUUUAAUAUUUAUCAAUAUUGCCGGAUAUGUUGUAUUAGAAGAAAUAACAAAAAAUUAAGUGGAUCACUGCAAUUUGGUGUGUUGCUUGUGGAA